GUCAGCAGGGGAUGCUUCCUCCUCCUAGGCACCUGAUAACACCUCUGGUAUUCUCAACUCUCUAUUUCGUAUUGUUUAUAGGAGUUAUGAGAUUGAUCACUAUUCGUUAUCUUCACCUUUCAUUGAUGUGAGAAAUUUGUAGCUUUGACCUAUAACCCCAGAAUUAAGGUUGUUUGUAUUAUCUUUUGUGAGAAUUUUUCACUCAUAUGAGACGCUACCUGCUUGAGGUAACGCUUGAGUAUGUGAUAUAAAUCUGGGAACAAAAUAGCUUAAACUAAUGAUAUAAAUCUGGCAACAAAAUACCUUGAUCCAGUGAUAUAAAUCUGGCAACAAAAUACUUUAUCCAGUGAUAUAAAUCUGGCAACAAAAUACCUUAAUCCAAUGAUAGAAAUCUGGCAACAAAAUACCUAAGGCUUAAUCCAAUGAUAUCAAUCCAGCAAUAAAAUAUUGACUGUUGGUUUUCGCUUCAUAAGCUGAAUACAUCUUCACAUAUGAUGUCCAUUUUACAAUAUGGACACUAAAAACUGUUUUACAAACCAUGCAGAAUUUUAUUUAAUUCUUUUCAUGGUUGUUUAUUUUACAUCCCAUCGAGAAAAAUUCAUUCAUAUUGAGACGUCACCAGCAGUAGAUGAAGUACGACAAAUGUAGACCUGUGCUUAGCGCUUAGGGUCGUAGCAGUGAGGGCACUUUAACGUGGCAAUGCCUGUCGCGACACGUGACACCCGUUUGUAAGGUCAUAUCUGAAAGACUCAUGAUUCUCACAUCUAAAUGACGAGAGUUUGACAAAGGAGCAAUCACUACCCAUGUGUACGUCUUAGGUUUGACGCGGCCAUGACACGAGCGGGGCUCGAACUCACGACCUCCGAGUUACAAACGCUCUACCACUGAGCUACUGCGACCGGUCUUUUUUCUCGACUUGACGGAAAAGACCGAACGAUGUUCCGAUUAGCUUUGAUAAACACGUUCACUUGUGCAUGUGCUUCCGGUUUAACCUAGCUUUAAUAUACCCAAAGUGUCCACGCAAACGCAAUAACACAAAAGAAAAGGUGACUAUAACGAACAGUGAUCAAUCUCAUAACUCCUAUAAGGAAUGCAAAAUAGAGUUGGGUAAACACGGACCCCUGGACACACCAGAAGAAGGAUCAAGUUCCUAGGAGGAGUAAGCACCCUCUGCUGACCGGUCACACCCACCGUUAGUCUUAUAUCUUGAUCACGUAAACAGAGUAUUCCGUAUCAAAGUCGACAAUUGGUAUGAAACAAGUCAGACAGCAUUUGACCUAAAUGACAGGUAUUGAUUGACAAACUAGUUCUGACCCCUAUAACGUCAACUUAAUGUUCAAUAUCCUGCCUCGAUUUAAAAACUGAUCAUACGUAGAACAAGCGCUUGCAUAUCGAAUCAGUUGAGAGACAUAAACACCAUAUGAGGUAAUAACUGAAUAUUGCUAUAUGAAUAUGAAAAGCUGAAGAUGGAGAAGAUGAAACUAUUCCAUUUGUCAUAAAUUUGUGUUUUUAGUUUGCCGUUAGCAUCUAUGUUCAAUAAAAUAUCUAAGUACGAAGCAGAUGUUGAAAACACUGCGCGGUGUAACUGGGAUAUAUCGAAUCGACAUCUGAAUGAAAAUGAUUAUGAUACAAGUAUGUUAGAAUGUUUGUUAAAGUUUUGUUUAACUCUAUCGUAAGAACCGUGUGGUCUUGCUAGUGCUAUUUCCGUUUUGCUAUUUAUGAAUGGUGGCAAAGAAAACAAAAAAUGAGAAACUUCGAUCAGAUGGUAUCCAGCUUAAAUAAACAAUAAGCAAACAUUAAAAACAAGAGACAUUUACUUGUGUAUCAACAGCAAUAAAGAACAGUGAUCGAAUGCUACGUACUCGCAAACAUAUUUACCCCCAGUGUCAUAUAGAACCACUACGAUAACACUAACAGGAGGGCGACUCAUUGGUGUAUAUGGAUGAAGUGACAUGUAUCAAAAUCACUAUCUACAUAAAUGGAAACGCUCCGCCUCUUCGAUCUUAUAACAUUUAUAAACAGGAUUUGAAGAAUUUUAAGUGCUGUUGUAAGAAGGUCUGGGAUAUUGAAACUUGUACAAUUGUGACCAAUGGCUGUGCUAGUAUCUGUGCUGAUUCACACUGUUUUGCUGGCUGCUGGAGCAGUUGCAUCUGACUGGCAGUACUCGGGAAGUCACGGGGCUUAUGACUGGGCAAAGGACUUCCAGAACUGUGGCUCCGUCCGCCAGUCACCGAUAGAUUUCCCAAAGGCAGAAGACAUGGUGUACAAUUCUUCUCUGAAGCCGAUUGAAUUCAUUGGUUUUGAUGAUCCCAGUAAAUACACCCUGAAACUAGAAAACAAUGGACACACAGUCAAAGUGAAAGUGGAGGGCGGGGACCUACAUGUGUCAGGAGGGGGACUUCCGGGAAAAUUCAAGCCCGCCCAGUUUCACUUCCAUUGGGGCCACAGUGACAAUGAGGGAUCUGAGCACACCUAUGAUGGUCACAGAUUCCCUAUGGAGCUUCACAUAGUUAGCUACAACGAGAAAUAUGGCAGUCUCCAGAACGCCGCACCAAAAGACGGAGAUGGUUUGGCCGUGUUGGGUUUCUGGUACCAGAUCUCGGACCACGACAACUACGCUAUAGCGCCUCUCAUAAGUCAGCUGAGUAAAGUGCCAACAAAAGGUUCCUCGAUACAGCUACCAAACACGUUCAACCUUGGUCUACUGCUACCAAUCCAUAUGGAUCAACAUAACCCUCAUUUUUACCGCUACCCCGGGAGUCUGACCACCCCUCCAUGCUUUCAAAGCGUCAUUUGGACAGUGUUUGACGACAAAAUACCCAUAUCCAGUGCCCAGUUGCAAAUGUUCCGAGCCCUGCACGAGGAUAAAGAGAAAGAGGGAACCCAUUUUCUUCAAGACAACUAUCGUCCAGCUCAAUCUCUCAAUGAUAGAACUGUUUAUCGUAACUUUGAGAUUACUCCCAAAACACAACAGACGGGGAAGCGGAAUGCGCACGUCAACGUCUUUCUCCACAUGAAUUAAUCUUUUUAAUCUUACCGCAUUAAACAUUGACUGUUAUCCCUCCCUCUAAGGUUUAUGUCUUCAUUUAUACCACUUUUCUGUCAUGAAAAUAAAUGCUAGUUUCUCGUU